AUGAAGCUGGUAGUCUUGUUUUUGUCCAUUCUGCAUUUGGCCUUUGUCAGUGCUGGACUCUCCACCUGCAAUGAUCAGGAAACAGGCUGCAGUUCUCUGUCCGUCGGCAGGGCCCAGACCCCGGAGAGGACAGGGUCUGCGAACCAAGGCAAACGCAGGACACUGUUCGCGAGGAGAGGACAAUAUGAACGACAGAGGAUUCGUGUGGUGAAGCCAAAAGUGGUUCCAGUAGCUCCAAAAAAACCCUCUCCACCCACUAAAGUGACACCACACCCUACUUUGCCCAAGUGCUCUGAGCUUUCACAAAGCUGUAUGCCCCAGUCCGGCUGCUGUGAUCCGUGUGUCUCAUGUCACUGCCGCUUCUUCAAUAGCAUCUGCUUCUGCCGGAAGACAAGCCCACAAUUACAAGAAGGAAACAUAAAGGAUACCAGUGCACCGAAACUGAAAGCCAAAAGAAAACCUAAACGUGCACGUUCAUGA